UGAGGCUUUGUUCAGAUUUGCUUGGAAAGCAGGAGCACUAAGUCAGCAGACAGCAUGGCCUUUGCACUCCCACAUGAGUGCUGAGAGGUGGGGGUUCUCCGCUCUUGUCUCUGCCCUGGUCAAGAGAACAACUGGUACAAGGCACUUUAAGAGUAGCUUCACCAUCUGGGAGGGAGGCGGGUCCCUGGAGGAGAAGGGCUUCUGAAGGGGCCGGCCGUGGGAUUCAGUGAAGGUUUAUUCUGUCCUGAGAUGUGCAGCUGCUGCAAGGAGAUCCGUUUUGGUGCCUGUGACGGGAAAAAACAAGCAAGCCGCCACUAUUACAACAAACAAACAAACAAACGCCCACAAAAACCAGUGACUGUGGAGGUAUAAAUCUCUUCAUGAGCAACCCUGACAUCCUGUCAUUGAACAUUCCGGAGAGGCAGCUAAGAUUUCAACUGGGGAAACGCCGUGCCACAGCAUCAAGAGACAACACCUGCGCCCCCCCCUUGCCUUCCACAGUAAUUGCUUUGCACCAUGGGAAAUGGCAUGAAUAAGGUUCUCCCUGGACUUUACCUUGGGAACUUCAUAGAUGCCAAAGAUUUGGAGCAACUGAGCAGGAAUAAGAUCACUCACAUUAUUUCAAUCCAUGAAUCUCCCCAGCCACUACUGCAGGAAAUGACUUAUCUUCGCAUUCCUCUGCCAGAUACACCCGAGGCCAACAUCAAGAAGCACUUUAAAGAAUGUAUCAGUUUUAUCCACUACUGUCGCCUGCAUGGAGGGAACUGCCUUGUUCACUGCCUUGCAGGGAUCUCCCGGAGCACCACCAUUGUUGUCGCCUAUGUCAUGGCAGUGACGGAGCUAAGCUGGCAAGAGGUAUUGCAGGCGGUAAGAGCGGUGCGACCGAUUGCCAAUCCCAACCCCGGCUUCAAGCAGCAGCUGGAGGAGUUCGGUCACGGCCCUGCACGAAAGAUUCACAGACACUUGGAGCAGAGAUAUGGAGCCGACACUUUCAAUGACGAGGAGGAGAUAAGGCUCCUGCUUCCAGCAGACAGAGAAGGCACAGAUGGACCCCUGCAGGGACUGGUGCCAAGGAGCAGAGACAUCAAGAACACAGUCCCCUUUCUGCUGCGAGUGAAGCAGACGUUCUCCUGCAUCCCCACCUGUUUGAAGUGAGUCCAGCUGAGGCACAGAGAGGAGGGACGCGAGGCAUUCUGGGAAAGUGCAUAGCCUAACAUAUCAGACUGGCAAACGCCAAGGGCUGGAAAGGGACAUCCCUGCUAUUGUAUGUCAGGGGAGAGGUAUGGUCCAGUGGCACAAGCACAGGCCUGGGAGCCAGAAACUCCUGGGUUCCCAUCCAAGCUCUGUAGUCUUCCUCUGUGGCCUUGGGAAAGUCACCUAACACCUGCCUCAGUUUCCCCAUCUAAAGUGUGGGGGGGUUAAUGCUUACGUUUCUAUUUCCCAGGCUGCUGUGAGGGUUGGUUAGUAAAUAUACAAAGGGCACUGGGAGGGUUAGAUGUGCUGACUAUCAUCAGUAGUGAACAGAAGGGCCUUGAGCCCCGGCUUACUGAGUGCUACAGAUCAGCUGUGCAGGAGGGGAUUUUCCUGCUGCCAAGAGCCUGGGUUGGAAAGUAGCAGCCGGGGAUGGACUUUGGCAGCAAAUUGUAAUACUUCAAUAAAUGCUGCACUGAACCCAUAAAAAUAAAAUAAAGCUUGGGGGGAUGUCCCUUUAUAGAUGAGACUUUUUCAUCAGCAAGUGGUUUCCACUGUCCGGGGGAUUGUAUAAGAAGUGUGUGUGUGUUUUCCAUUAGACCCAGUACACCAGCCAGGAGACAGCUCUCAUGCAGGCAAAGGUCCAACUGUAGGCAACAGUGAAUGGUGUGUUAACAGGGUUGCACUACAUUUCCCCUGAUCCUGGUGUGGUCUCCCACAGGGGGCAAAUAAUAUUUAACACUGGGCCAGGUAUUGCUAGAGCUGAAUAUUAAGCCAUUUUGUUUGAAGACUUUUUACAUACUUAUUUCUUAAUAAACUUCUCGUCAGUG